AUGAAGGGCGUAUUGAGAGCCCUGGCCCUGGCCGUACUGGCGACGGCUGCCUCCGCCCAGGAAUCGGCCCCACCUUCGGCAACGGCAUCGGCCCCGGCGUCCGGCAGCCCGACCCCGACAACUCUCGCGACCUCCCGCCUUCCGGAAGCCUCGCAGGCCCCGUCCACGGGAUUGCCCGCCGUUGCCCCCAUCCGUGUCCGACUCAACCCGGCCAACGUGCGCAACCUCGCCGACGCUGACUACAUCACCUGGACCGUCCCGGGAUCGGCCAAGGCGAACAUCACCGUCGGCAACAUCACCGAGGGCGACGUCACCUUCGGCCUCGCCGCCGGCGCCGGCUCCGAGCUCUCGGGCAACUACUACAAGUACCAGUACACGCGCUUCCUCUCGUCGCUCGGCGAGCGCGUCGUGAACCAGGGCAUCAGCACCUCCAACAAGGACGGCUCCGCCCUCACCCUCUCGAUCAGGGGGCUCGCGCCGGGCAACCACACGCUGCUGACGUGGCACAACGCCUGGGACGCGCUGACCGAGGUGGCGACGCUCGACAUCGCCGUCGACGGGCAGGUCGCCCAGACGGGCUUCAAGCAGUCGGUGCGCGUCGACAACAUCUGGCAGGCGGCGGCCUCGUACGUCGCGUUCGAGGUCGCCGACGCGGCGCAGGAGGUCAAGGUCGUGUACACGCCGAGCGGCGCCGACAAGCGCGCCUUCAUUAACGGGUUCGAGGUCGACGCGCCCGCGCUGGGAGACCAGAUCAGCUUCCCCGCGCCCAAGCACCGCGACGAGCGCAUCGAGGCCAGCGACGACAACACCGCGACCGCGUCGUGGACCGCCCCGGCAUCGGCCGAGGGCGUCACGUACAACGUCUUCCUCGGCACGUCGCCCGCCGACCUGAAGAGCGUUGCCACGGGUGUCACGGAGACCAGUGCGACUUUGCCCGGCCUCAACACGGUGGACAGCUUCUACUGGCGAGUCGAUGUCGUCUCCGGGACGACCACUUACACCGGCCGCGUCUUCUUCUUCCGCGUCGCACAGCUUGCCUUCCCUGGCGCCGAAGGCUGGGGCCGUUACGCCCGUGGUGGCCGUGGUGGAAAGGUAAUCAAGGUCACCAGCCUCGAAGACACCGCCGACGAGGGCACUCUGCGCUACGCGCUGACGGUGGCCAAGGGCCCUCGUAUCAUCGUGUUCGACGUCGGUGGCGUCAUCACCACCACCGCGCGCAUCUCCGUCAACGACCAGUACAUCACCCUCGCCGGCCAGACGGCCCCCGGGAAGGGCAUCGUCAUCCAGGGCAACCCGCUCGGCCUCACGGGCGCGUCGGACGUCAUCUUCCGCCACGUGCGCGUCCGACCCGGCAAGGUCUCUGGGCAGACCAUCGACGGCAUGGGCAUGCAGGGCUCGAACCACUGCAUCUUUGACCGCUGCUCCAUGGGAUGGACUAUCGACGAGGCAUUCAGCUCGCGGUCCGCGUGGAACAUCACCUUCCAGCGCAACAUGAUCUCGGAGCCUCUUAACGUCGCCGGCCACAAGAACUACCCCGCCGGCACCGCCCACGGAUACAGCGCGACGAUCGGCGGCGAUGUCGGCUCGUUCCACCACAACCUGCUCGCCCACGCCGAGGGCCGUAGCUGGAGCCUGGGCGGCGGUGUCGAUGACAGGGGCGCCUUUGCCGGACAGCUGGACAUCCGCAACAACGUCGUUUACAACUUUGGUAACCGUGUGACCGAUGGAGGUGCAAAGAAGGUCAACUUUGUCGGGAACUACUACAAGCAGGGCCCGGCUUCGACGCUCACAUACGGUCUCCGCGCCACGUACGAGGACAACAUGCCGGGGAUGCAGCAGUACCACUGCGCCGGCAACUCGAUGCCCGGCGUCUUCGACCAGGACUCGGUCCAGUACCCCGGCGGCGACGGCACCGCGAGCAAGUCGGCCAAGAUCGCCUGCUGGGCCGACGUGUCCUUCGACCCGGCGCCGACGUACCAGAAGUUCUUCCCGGAGCCCUUCUUCGAGCCGCACGUCGAGACCCAGCCGUCGACCGAGGCCUACAAGCGCGUGCUCUCCGACUCGGGCGCCAGCCAGCCCGUCCGCGACGCCCACGACGCGCGCAUCGUCAACGAGACGCUGACGGGCACCGCCGCCUUCGUCGGCUCCGUCUCGGGCAAGAAGGGCCUCAUCGACGACCCCAAGGACGCCGGCGGCCUCGAGGACUUCCCCACGGCGAAGCGCGGCGCGGCGUGGGACGCCGACGGGGACGGCAUUGCCGACUGGUGGGACGGCUCGACGGGCGGCGAGGGCUACACGCCCAUCGAGGGGUACCUCAACUUCCUGGCCGAACCCCACGCCUUCGUGUCGCCGUCCGGCUCGGUCGAGGUCGACCUCGCCGCGCUGGCGCUGGGCUUCAAGGAGCCGAGCUUCACAGUGACGGGCGCCGAGAAGGGCGAGGUGACGGUCAGCGGGGGCAAGGCGACGUACGCGGCGGGCGCGGAGGCCGGCAUCGAUUACUUUGACGUCGGCGUCGAGGACAGCGAGGGGAGCACGUGGACGCGGAGGUUCGGCGUGGCCAUCUUUGAGGGGGCCGAGGACGUGUGA